AGUUUAUUCUUCGACAAUGGGGUCAGGCGACAGUCAGCGUUAGCUAACGUUAGCUAGUCCGAACACCACACCUACCAGAACGACUCACGGCCACUGGCUGCUAGAGAACAUCCACUUUAUGAGGGAGUCACCUGAAGCUGCGUCCCUGCUGCUCCCACAAUGAGGAGACUGACCAAGAAGAAGGCUCUGACUCUGGUGAAGGAGUUGGAUGCUUUCCCCAAAGUCCCCGAGAGCUACGUGGAGUCCACAGCCAGCGGGGGGACAGUGUCUCUGAUAGCGUUCACUCUCAUGGCUGUCCUCGCCUUCCUGGAGUUCUUUGUGUACAGAAACACGUGGAUGAAGUAUGAGUAUGAGGUGGACAAGGACUUCAGCAGUAAACUGAGAAUAAAUGUUGACAUUACAGUAGCCAUGAGAUGCCAAUAUAUCGGGGCAGAUGUCCUGGAUCUGGCAGAGAAUAUGGUUGCUUCCGAUGGUUUAAAAUAUGAACCGGUCAACUUUGAGCUCUCCCCAGAGCAAAGGUUAUGGCACAUGACACUUCUGCACAUCCAGGAGCGUCUGAGAGUGGAGCACGCUCUCCAGGAUUUAAUCUUCAAGGCUGCGAUAAAAGGAGCUCCUCCUGCUCAGCCUCAAAGUGAGGACAGUCCCUCUAGCCUUAGGGCCUGCAGGAUACAUGGACACAUGUAUGUCAACAAAGUGGCAGGAAAUUUCCACGUUACUGUUGGCAAGUCCAUCCCACAUCCCAGAGGCCAUGCCCAUCUAGCUGCACUGGUCAGCCAUGACACUUAUAAUUUCUCUCACCGAAUUGACCAACUGUCCUUUGGAGAAGUGAUUCCUGGGAUCAUCAACCCUCUGGACGGCACAGAGAAAGUCUCUGCUGAAUCUAACCACAUGUUUCAGUACUUCAUCACUAUUGUGCCCACCAAACUGAACACAUACAAGGUCUCUGCAGAAACAAACCAGUACUCAGUCACUGAGCAGGAACGAGUGAUAAACCAUGCUGCAGGCAGCCAUGGAGUCUCAGGAAUCUUUAUGAAAUAUGAUAUCAGCUCACUAAUGGUCAAAGUCACCGAGCAGCACAUGCCGCUCUGGCAGUUUCUUGUCAGACUCUGUGGCAUCAUUGGAGGCAUUUUCUCUACAACAGGCAUGCUUCAUAGUGUGGUAGGAUUCUUGAUUGACGUUUUUUGCUGCCGUUUCCAAAUGGGAAUCUACAGACCACUUAAGGAGGCUCCUCCAAAUGAGCAGCAAAACAGUGAAACCUUGAUUCCAACAGAAAAUGAUGCUCAAUAAUGACAGCCACUGUCAGCUCACCAUCUCUGCCUAACCAUCUAGACAGCAACGUGAUUCUGGGAACAUGUUUACAAGUUGUUUUAUUAUGGAAUACGUCCCUGCUUUGUUCAGAAAUAUGUAAAUAUUUGUAUAAUUUUUUUAAAUUUUUAUUGGGUGGGUGCAGGUUUCAGAUGUUACUGUUGAUCCACCUGUGAAGGAUUAUAAUCAAUAUUUACACUAACUGUCACUUUCACUGGAAAUCUGCACAAGGAGGACCGAACACAAACGAUUGUCAUCAUGUGUGUGGAUCUGACUUCAUUAAAUAGAUGGUGCCUGGUGUUCGAGCUCCUACGGCGCACCCACACAGGUGUUUUCACUUAAUUUGGCUGAUUAGACCUGUUCUGGGACCAUGUGGUCGACUCGUUUAAUGUUGAUUGACAGAUAAAACCUGAUUCUGAUUCCAUCAUGUAGGUCGUUGACCUCAGAAAAGUCCCAGAAUAGCUCUGCUCAAUCAGCUCAAUAAAAGACAACCUGUGUGGGUGUGAAGGGCCAAUAAAGAGGAAUCGUGUGAAAGGGCUUUAAUGUUUUCAUGUGUGUCUGUUUGUGAAAAUAUGAGGCUGUUUUGCUUAAUAAAAUCCCCUUCAAACUUG